AUGUCAUCAAUAUUCAUUAAUCCAUUAUUUCGUCCAUUAUUAGAAAUCAUAAGAUCUUCAAGAAAUGGUAUUGUAUAUGGUGGUAAAAUCAGAUUUCUGCAUGCUUUAGUCAUUAAUCUAUUAUAUCGAUCAGGUCCAUUACGUCCAAGAUUAAUAUCAAUUCUUAAAGCAACUAGAGAUCAUGCUCAAGUAUUGGCAUCAUUUGCUAUUAUUUAUAAAACUUGUGUUAUAAUAUUAAAAGGAGAAACUUUCUUAGGUCCAAAACAAAUGGGAUUAUGUAAAUUUUUAGCUGGUUGUAUUGGAUCAUGGAUUGUUUAUUCUCAACAUUUUAAUAUAUUUCAUCCUGGUAUAACUCAUCAAAUUACUUUAUAUUGUUAUAGUAGAGUCACAUUAGCAGUUGGUAAAAUAUUAUUAGAUUUAUAUCUUAAUCAUGCUCAACCAAGUUUUAGAAAUUAUCAAGGUAAUUUAAUUAAUUAUGGAAAUUUAAAUAAUCAACAACAAAAGAAAUUAAGAUCAAUUGUUUAUAAUAAAACUUGGAAAUAUUUUGCGGUAUUAACUUGGGGUUUAGUUAUGUUUAUUUAUCAUUAUCAACCUCAAUAUUUACAAAGUUCAUUAAGACAUAGUAUGGCAUAUAUUUAUGAUGUUGAAAUGGAUACUUGGGGAAAUUUAAGAGAAUUCUUGGGAAUUUAA